UGUGGAGUUGGGCGACCACGGCCAGGCUUAUUUUGUGCAAAUAGGAGCGUUAAAGGUGAAAAUGGCACCACUUUGCGAUUAAAACUGCUUAUGUAGAAAAACCUGCCCGUAUCGCAAAGUGAUUUUGCCAAGUAAUUUAACUCCACCUGUAUCAAGUUUCGCAGCCAAUCUAUGCAACGCUCAAGUCAUGGUCUUAGUGGGAGAUGUUGACGAUUGAAUAUAAGCCAGUGUGUUAAUAGGGAUAAUUAGCCUGCCUCCACUUUAUCAAAUGGCCAGUUUUCUGCGUAUGAUUUGUGUCCCCUGACGUCCGCCCGCCGCGAUUGACGAUGGAUCCGGACGGCCUGGGAAAGUCUGACGACAUGACUGACAGGAAAGCUGUGAUCAAGAACGCAGACAUGUCUGAGGACAUGCAGCAGGACGCCGUGGACUGUGCCACCCAGGCCAUGGAGAAGUACAACAUAGAGAAGGACAUUGCAGCUUACAUCAAGAAGGAGUUUGACAAGAAGUACAACCCUACAUGGCACUGCAUUGUUGGGAGGAACUUCGGCAGCUAUGUGACCCACGAGACAAAGCAUUUCAUUUACUUCUACCUGGGCCAAGUGGCCAUCUUGCUCUUCAAAUCCGGCUGAGAGUUUCUUUGAGGUGUGGAGUCUUCUCCCUGAACCAUAUCGGGAAUGCACUGGUGGCUGAUGUCUCCCAUACACAAAUAAUGACAUACCAUAUUGAUGCAAACCGGCCGUGCGCAAUUGCAUGGACUAUACACUAUUUAAUAUGUAUGUUACAAUAAGUUUACUUUUUGGCAGUUGCCAUUUGAAUGCAACUGAAGUAGUUUUUGUUAACGCUGUUAAAUCUAGGUCGUAAAAGAUUAAACGUGGCCCUUGAUUGUAUAAUAAAGGAAAGCUAGAGAAUGUAGUGGUGCAUCUGCUUUCCUUCAGAAGUGGCAUUGCCAAAUCCUGUGAAAUAACGCUCUGACAUCUGUCAAUUUCGAUGUGUGUUUAAAAAAAAAAAAAAUCAAACCAUGUGCACCAGUUGAAACAACACAUUAUCAACACAAUACCAAAAUACAAGAUGUGAGUAACAACAGAAGUUGGGUUAAGGGUUUACUGUAAGGCCUCUCCUGGUCUCCAGAAGAAUUACAGCUACACCAUACAGAGUUCAUAGUUUAUUGGCACAAUUUUACCAAUUUGAAGAUUUUUUUUCUUCAGCAGCUCCUUUGACAAAAUUUUAAUAUUUGCGUUAAAAACAGCUCAACAGGUCAUUUUAAAAACAUUGGUAUGCAUUCAUCAUGGCCACUUUUCAAAAAGCCAAAAUGUUGUCAUUACAUCAGACUUUACAGUUACCAACCAACACAAGUAUGCCAGUGCAAGCUUUUGCAGGGAUAUUAUCAUCAAUGAAACAGUCCCCACUUUCCCCCAUACCCGUUAAUUUUCACUGUGAAUAGGUGGAGCAAAUAAUGCUUGGAUACAAACACCAUAGCCUGUAAUGCCCAAAUAUUAACACUAUAGCCUCUUUACCAAAAUCUCCCAAGUCCCCUACCGAAACCUGUGUUUGUGCAUGUUCUUGCCAUGAUUUAAUUUUAACGGAUAUCAUCAGACAUUAAAUAAGGGAGCACUUGUCUUGGAGCUAAAUAAUUUGCAUAACUUAAGUUUCGCUUUUGUUUAUAAUGUCAUACAAAUGUAGAUUAAGCUGAGCCAGUGACUGUUCUUUGACCCCAAAACUGCUACAAACAAGCAUUUAAAGGGUGAUUUGGAGAAUACAUCUGCCCCCCACAGGCCCACGGUAGUUUAAACUCUACGACGGCCCCUGUCUGUCAGAUGGUUGCAUUGUCUUAACGUGGCUCGUGAUACCAUCUAGAUGCAUCACCCCGAUCCUUUAUUUUUGCUUUGCCAGUUUACUGCCAGACAUGCAGGAAAAAACAAACAUUGCAUUAAGAGUUCAAACUUGCUACUUAAAGCGGUGUGCGACCUGUCGAACACACUGAUUUUUCUGGUUUUCAUUUGGUCAUGUCAACAUUGAUACAAUCAGUUUGGAAUAGCAGUGCACAAUGUCUGAAUGCUGAUGAAAUGGGUUCUUUGGGAUUGCAGUCUGGAGGGAAUUAGUCGCAGUUGGGUAACAUCACACAUUUCUUGUUGUGACAAAGGACUGAAUGUUUACUCAGUUGUCCUUUCCUGUAUUCCAGCAGUGGAUGAAAUGUGUAUUUCUCAAGUGUUUGCUUGGAUCAACAUUGAUUUCAAGGAAAGUCUUCCUAACUAUUGUCAGUGUAAACUGAUUUAGUAUUGUUUUCCUCUGGCAUGUAUUUUUGCUGUGUAUAUGUAGGAGCCAUUCCAGUGCUGUUAAAUUUGCACAAAACGUGUGCCUGUCAUUGCUCUCAACUGUAACUGGCUUGAGUACAAUUGCACUUCAUUAGAAUUAUCCAGUAGAUUACUACAGAACCAAAAUCUUAUAAACUCAAUAAAAUAGAACCUCAUUGUUGACUUA